GAAGCAGCAGCAGCAGCUACAGGUUGCUAUGAAGUUGGUGGAGAUGACACGUCAGCUGUCUGGAAAAACAAACACAAACUGCAUCCCCUGCUUAUAUAGGACAAUAAUAUAAAUCCCUGCGCUGCAUUUAACUGCGCAUUGCCGAUUGUCACUGUAUUAUAGAAGUGAAGAUGUACUGAAGACUAAUAAGAGUCACGCUGUAGCAUCACGCAUGCUGAGAUCAAGAGAUAGUUCAGCUUCAUUCAAUCUGGACCCGUCCGAGACCACCCACAGAAGAUGAUCAGCCCAGCAGCGCGGCGUUAUCGUGGAUGAGAGCGGUUACCGGACCGGAGCUUUUGUCAUCCGCAUCCUGAGCAGCACACACAGGGACAUGUCGUCCCCGUCGCCGGUGCAGAUCCGAGAGGCGAACGCGCACCUGGCAGCGCUGCACAGGCGGGUCACAGACCUGGAGCAGAGGCUGGAGGAAGCGGAGAAGACCGUGCGGGAGCAGGCGGAGAGUCUCAUCCGCAAAGAUGAGCAACUGAGAGCUACCACGCAAGAAAUCACGGAGGCCAAGGACAAAGAGAUUUUCUUCCUCCACGAGAAGCUUUGUCAAUCAGAGGAAUCCAUCCAUAAACUCAACCAAACGAUUAAGGAAAAAGAUUCUCUAAUUGGACAGUUACAACACCGAUGUCAGCUGCUGGACAACAUUUGCAAAAGCCGUCCAUUACUGGACAGCAUGCUGGCUCAGAUGGCCGAGGCAGAGAGAAUGGGGCCUGUCAGAGACUUGGGGAAGCCCACGACCAACAGCUCUCUCACGGACGGAGAAUCCAACUGCAGCCCCAGCCGCCUCUCCAACCACAAAGACUUCUCACUCAGCGAGGACGACUCUGAUGAUCAGGAAUUAGAUGGGGUUGUGUUUGGGACCACUGUAUGAGAGUCUCUGUUCAACUGGUCCUCGUCUCAGGUUUAGCAGCCUGUGUGUUUUGAUGGUUACCAUUGAUUCAGUGUCUGGUCAUCAAAUUGUUUCAGAAUACAGGUUACAUUGUGAAUGGGAUUCCACUGUAAAGGGAGAAUGCCUGGUCAAUUCUGGCUGAAUCUAUGUGCAAAGUGAUGCAAGUAUGCCACAUAUCAUUUAGAUUUGUCCCUCAGACCAGUUUUAUUUAGGUUCAGUUUAAUACAGAGUCCCACACAUGACAAGCAUGGAAACAAAAACUAUAUCGUGGCCAUGACUUAGUAACAUGUCAGCACGUUUGACUAAAUCAUUCCCUCAUUUUAAGUAAAUUGUGUGCAUGAUACUAAAUUAGGGCUAAAUUCGUUCCCUUGAUUUAGUGAAAUCAAAACAAGGGAACAAAUUAGUUCAACAUGGCCACAAUUUAUUAAAACGAGAGAACAAAUUCUUAAUUCGUGGCAACAAUAUAUAUAUAUAUAUAUUUUUGCAUGUUGUGUGGGGUUCUAGUUUAAAUACCUAGUUGUGUUUUUUUUUUGUUUUUUUUUUGGUUAACUUUUUCCAUAUAUUUUUAACUUUAAAUUUGCAUAUACAGUGAUUAUUUUACUGAACUAUUUAUACCUGGAUUUAUUAGGUCACGUGAAUAUCAGAGAAAGUUUUUUAAAAUUUGCGUACAGAUUUACCGUUACAUGCAGUCCAUCUGCCGUUUCAUUUGUUAAAAUGUGAUCCAGUCCUGUUUUAAAAAUGUUUCGGAUACCGUGGACAUCACCUAGACGUAGUAUACUAUGCUUGCUGUUUUGUUGGAGCUUCUCAGUGAACAAUUUCAAGUCAUUGACAAUGUACAAAUGAUGGAUUCUGGUUUAGGUUAGAUUAGAUUGUGGAUUUAUCCACUAUCCUGUUCAUAGAGCCUUCAUAGUUGGAUUUAGAUCCAGUGUCAUCGGGUGUAUGCCAUGCAUUGUUUACAAACAGACAUAGUUUUACUUCAUAAAUUCACCCAUUUGCCACAAAUUUACAUUGAAAUACAUUUGCAUAUCUAUGCUGGAAAGCAAACUUAAAGGAAUAGUUCACCCAGUAUUUUAAGUGUUGUCACGACAGGUUCCAAACCUGUAUGAUUGUCUUCCGCAGGACACUAAAUAUAUUUUGAAGAACGAUGGGGUACAAAUGGCAAAAAUGGACUGUGUAGGACUGUGUUUGGCAGUCCUACAGAUUAGCAAUAGAGGGUGAAUUCUCAUCGUUUCAUUGUAACAGUAUGAAGUAAAACAGUUCCUGAAAGACUAAUGGAAUUAUUUAUUCUGAAAAAAUAUAAUACAUGAUUUUAAUAUUCUUGCAGUGUUAGGGAAAGUUACUUUUAAAAGUAAUGAAUUACAAUAUUGCAUCACUGCCUAAAAAAGUAACUGUUACUUUUUAUGAAAAGUAAUGCGUUAUAUUACUUUUGCGUUACUUUUUCUUUUUUUGGCAAAUGUAAAGACCCUUUCACACCAAAAGUUAAAUGAAUAAGCCUUAGGCUGAAGAAAAUGCAAAUUCAUGUCUGUACAGUAGAGGGCGCACCUCAAAAAAACAAACAUCUCAGCUGACCUUCAAUUCUGGAUCACAUAAGAAUAGGACUUACAUAAUAGUAAUUUGCAUUACUUAUUUGAAAAAGUAGUUCAGAUAUUUUGUUGUAAAUAAAAGUACGUUACUUUACUAGUUACUUGAAAAAAAGUAAUCUGAUUACGUAACUCAAGUUACUUGUAACACGUUAUCCCUAAAACCUAAAUAUCUAAAUUGUGAGCUUGUAUAUAUUAAAUUGGUUUAAAUAUGUCUUAAAUUUUAGAUUGGGUGAACUGUCCCCUUAACCAUUCCUUUUUUUUUUCUUUUUUUUUUUUAUCACAUUACAAUUUAAACAAUGAUAGUUUACAAUAAGGUUUGUUAACAUUAGAUUAUGCAUAUGUAUCAUGGACUUUUUUUUUACAGCAUUUAUUAAUAUAAUAUUAAUCUAUAUAUUACUGUUCAUUAUUAGUUCAUGUUAAUUAUACAAUUUGCAAAACUUAACAUUAAUAAAUGCUGUAAAAGUAUAGUUCGUUAUUUCAUGUUAACUAAUGCUAAUGUAUAGAAUGCUAUUGUAAAGUGCUAACUAAACAACUGUGAAAAUGUUCUCCACCAAUGUAGUAAGUGGUGGUUAUUUCAUAUUUAAACAAAGAUACGUGGUGGAAACUCAUAAGCAUCAGGAUUGAACCAUGGGACUAAUCAGUUUUUGAGAGACCCUACCACCAUUGUGUUGAGCAAAGCUGCUUUUAAGUGACAGUGACAAAACCAUAUGGUGCACACCAAACAUACACUGUAAUUUAAGGUGUAUUGUAUAUAAUUAAGUGAUCUAUGCAGUGAAGUUGUUCUCUGAGAGCCUCUCUUAAUAAAACAACUAGCACUUAAAAUAGUGCCCACCAGAUAAACGGAGCAAUUCCAACCAAGCUAAAGCUGUUGCUUACACAAUUACAGGUUCACGGUUGAGGAAAAAGUGAAAAAGAGUGUAAAAUCUUGUAUAACCAUUUGCAACUGUCCUUAUAUUUGCUAUUAUUUCAGUUCUGCAGAUGAUAAUGUGAUGUCAAUGCAUAUAGACCUUUCUCCAAAUUUUGUAAUUCUUGAACAUUUAAUUCGGCCUAGCAAAAUGAAGUCUAUGCAAGUCUGUUAUGUUUUACCAUAUUUAUUCAGAGUCAAGCUGUGUGGAAAGCCAGAUGGAGGAGAGCCAUUAUGUAGUGAAUGAGUGUACUGAUGAUGGGGCAUUAUUCAUGUACAGCGUGUCAUUUGUCCUGUUAAGAUGUGAUGGUUACACAAUAUUUUCGUGUUCGUUUUUAAGAGUCACAUGUGGUACUGAACUGCAGCAUGGUAAUUUUACAUAUUGGGGCAUGUCAUAUUUGUCUUGCUAGUGCCCUGUACAUAAGUGUGUUUGCUAACAUUUUUCUCUACAUAUAAAGUAAAACAGUGCCUAAAAGACUCAUGGUUACUUGUUAAAUGGAAUUAUCUAUUCUGAAAAAACUCAAAUAAAUUAUUUUGUUAUUCUUUAGUGGUAAA